UGUGGCACCUAUCAUGCCCAGCCUUCUCAGGGUACAGAGCAGGAGAAAAUGGAUUAUGCCCUCAACAAUAAAAGGCGGGUCAUUCGGCUGGUUCUGCAGUGGGCUGCUUUAUAUGGAGAUUUGCUACAAGAAGAUGAAGCAGCAAUGGCCUUCUUGGAGGAAUUUUACGUAUCUGUAUCAGAUGAUACUAGAAUGAUUGCAGCACUGAAGGAGCAACUUCCAGAGCUAGAGAAAAUCGUAAAGCAAGUCUCUGAAGAACCUAAAGCAUCACAAAAGAAGCACAAAGUUCUUCUGCAGCUGUUCAACACAAGUGAUGAAAGAGCACAGAAACGACAGCCUAUCAGGGGCAGCGAUGAAGUUCUGUUUAAGGUGUACUGCAUAGACCAAACCUACACCACUAUCCGGGUGCCAGUGUCCUCCUCAGUGAAGGAAGUGAUCAGCGCAGUAGCAGACAAACUGGGUUCUGGAGAAGGCCUCAUCAUCGUAAAGAUGAGUUCAGGAGGAGAAAAGGUUGUGCUCAAACCUCAUGAUGUUUCAGUGUUUACCACUCUCAGUGUCAAUGGACGGCUGUUCGCUUGCCCACGUGAUCAGUUCGAUUCAUUGGCACCAUUACCAGAACAAGAAGGACCAUCUACUGGUACAGUAGGAACGUUCGAACUGAUGAGUUCCAAAGACUUAGCACAUCAGAUGACGAUUUAUGACUGGGAGCUCUUCAACUGUGUGCAUGAGCUGGAAUUGAUCUAUCACACUUUUGGAAGGCACAAUUUUAAAAAGACCACAGCAAAUCUGGACUUGUUUUUAAGAAGAUUUAAUGAAAUUCAGUUCUGGGUGGUCACCGAGAUUUGUCUUUGCUCUCAACUCAGCAAGCGUGUUCAGCUGUUAAAGAAGUAUAUUAAGAUAGCAGCCCACUGCAAAGAAUACAAAAAUCUGAAUUCCUUUUUCGCUAUCAUUAUGGGACUGAGUAACGUUGCUGUGAGUCGUCUCUCACUAACAUGGGAGAAACUUCCAAGCAAGUUCAAGAAGAUAUAUGCAGAGUUUGAAAGCUUAAUGGAUCCGUCAAGAAACCACAGGGCCUACAGAUUAACUGUAGCUAAACUGGACCCUCCAAUAAUUCCCUUCAUGCCCUUACUUAUCAAAGACAUGACGUUUACUCAUGAGGGAAACAAGACAUUCACUGACAAUCUGGUAAACUUCGAAAAAAUGCGCAUGAUUGCCAACACUGUCAGGACAGUGAAAUUCUGCCGAAGCCAAUCUUUCAAUCCUGACGCAGCCCUGGCUAAUAAGAACCACCAGGAUGUUCGGAGCUAUGUGCGGCAAUUAAAUGUGAUUGACAACCAGAGAACUUUAUCACAGAUGUCUCACCGGCUCGAACCGCGUCGAGCAUAAACACUGAAGCGAUGAUGAGAAAUGAUCCUCUCAAGGUCACUUGCUAAGAACUUCACUUUCUCUGCUACCGCACUGCCACUACAAAAACAAGCAAAAACACAUUCUAAGGUCUUAGGCAACGCACAAUGUCCCAGCCUGCCGGGGAACCUGGGCUGAGGAAGAAUUUAUGCACUGUAGGUGUACAGGUGGCCAUGUUGUGAGCUGUUAAUUCAUCUUAAAGUGUAGUAAGUGAUUUCUCAUAUGGAUUUUAAAAAAAAGGCAAAAGAUAAAAUAGAACAGUUAGUGGGAAAUGCACAAAAUGCUUUUAACAGUUCUAAGGUAGGUAGUGUUUUUUUCUCCCUAAUGAAAAAUCUGUAUUUUAUCGUUUACUCUCCAGGUCAGGACCAAAACUGAUCAUCAGUUUAGCUUGCCCAGCUACUG